GUGAAAACGAAUGCACGAAAUACGUUGUUUUAUUUCGAUGUACCUUACGUUACAAUAUUAACGAACAUUCGAACCCACUCGGAACGUUUCCGCGCAUGCGCCGCGAAUUUAAGAAUGUCCACGAACGAAAACAAAAUUUCGCAAAACGUUUGCGAUGCCGAACCAGCAUUAGCGAAUCGCGUCAUUUACCGACGUCAGCGCAAUUCUAGUUCGAAACGAUCGUAUGGAAAGUUUAACGUGCACGAUCGAACAAAAGACGUACCUACGCGAAGACAAUAGAUUUCUCUAGGCAAAGUUACGAAUUAGGCGUUCGAAGAAUUGGGAAGCUUUCGAAUUUGAAAGUUUAAAUUUUUGCAAACUGUGAGAUUCGCGUAAUCGUGUCAAAUAGAAAGCGAGACGAUGGCCUGUUAUCCUUGCUCUUAUCCAAAAGUAAGUACUUGUACGCGUGUACACGAUAAAAUGUAUUUUUCGCGCGGCGAUUCGUCCAUAUGUCUCGCAGAUACAUAGGAUAAAGAGGCCACGAUGGUUUCUUAAGCGACGGCGGCUGAGCGCAUACGUCAGAGUCCGGCACAUGAGUCAUUCUCGAGGAAACGGGGACGGGGCGCCUGGUGCGCCCACGAUAUCGUCGCCCCUGCGCGGAAAGUGAGCGUAGAGCGACGAGCCUUUCCGAAGAUGGCCGAAGCAACCCCGUCGUGCGACAGUCGAGCCCGAGCGAUCCCCCGAUCGCGGUCGUGCGUGCUGGAACGGCAGGUACGGCCAGUCAGUAGUGGAUUAGCGGCAACGGGAGCAGCAGCAGGAGCGACGGUGGCGCAACGUUAACGACGAAACGAAACGAGAGAGGAGGUAUGACCGUUCGAGUCGUCGGCAGACAUCGUCGAGCGUGUAAAUAACGUCGCGUCCGUCGCGAGAAGAAGGUGCGCGUGAACGCUGGCUGCUCCACGGAAUAUGUACGUGAUAAAGGUGGGCGAGGGCCGUGCGAAAAAGUGGCAAAAACUGUGAGAGAGGUGCAGUGCCUCCACGUCGGUGGCAGUGGCGGUGUUGGUAGUAGUGGUGCUGGUGGUGUGGUGGUCGUGGCGGUGGUGGUGGUGGUGGCGGUGUGGCGUUGCUGGUGCUACUUCGGUGUGUAUGCGCGCGUGUGUUGGUGGGACACGCACUUCGGCGGGGCCGUGGUUCUCGCUCUCUCUCUCUCCUGCUGUCCCGUCUCGUUCCCUCUUUCUCUCUCUCUCUUAUCCCUCUGUUCACCGCGACUGCCCUCUUCGUCGCUCCUACGGAGGCCAUCGUACCGAAAGCGACCGAGCCAGGCCAGGCACUACGCAAGAUGGCUGUGUGUCGCUAACGAGAGACCGACAAACCAGACGGGCAAAAGACAACCCGGGAAUAAACGGAACAUGCUGCUACGUGAUCGUCGGGCCCGUCCCUGAAGAGAGAGACACUGGCCAAGAAACGAGAGCUAACUUGGACACUGUCAUCACGCGGAAACCUGAUAUUCGGUCGGUAGAUGCCUUUUGAGAGCCGCUGGCCCGAAUCAGCGUGGAACCAUACAAAGCCACAUAAAAAGUUCGAAGUAUCUAUGUCAUGGAAAACUGCUGUCAUUUCUUUUGAAUCAUCCUGUAUUAACCCGAGAAAGAUAUUUCGAAUCGCGAAGAAUAUGGAAUUGCCAGCUUUGAGUCAGCCUGGAAUGUGUGACAUGUUCAUCCAAACACAGCAGACGAGUAGCGUCAACGGCAGCAGCAGCAGCAGCAGCAGCAGCAGUAACAACACCGUUCACCAUCACAGCAAGAAACGCAAGUUGGAGUACAACGUGAGUCAGCCGGUGAUCCAGCACGCAUUGGUCCAAUCGACCGGCGACUACCAAUUAGACAAUACCGGUCUGCAACAACGGUACUCCGUGAACGGUGCUAAUACCGCGUUUAGCUCGCUGCACAACAAUAAUGCGCUGCAGAAGAGUAGCCCGAACCAACAGACCCUGGUACGAGCCUCGACGAUCAAGCUCUUAGACACGUACCAACGCUGUGGCCAGAAGAGAAAAACUUGGUCGAGGGAGGGUAAUGGUGACGGCCUGGCAGUCCACUCCGCCAACGCGACGAACGCAGUGGGUAGUACUGUAGUGUCGCAACACCAUAAUCAACAGCAACAGCAGCUGCAACAACAACAGCAGCAGCAGCAGCAGCAACAACAGCAGCAGCAGCAACAACAACAGCAACAUAAGCAGACAGGCAUGACGGCGCACAGCAAACAAGUGACCAAUGCUGCCAAUGGAGGCGGUGGCAGCAACCCCCAGGGCGAUGGAGAUUACCAAUUGGUCCAGCACGAAGUUUUAUACUCUAUGACUAAUCAGUACGAGGUCCUCGAGUUUUUGGGCAGAGGGACUUUUGGACAGGUCGUAAAAUGCUGGAAAAAAGGAACUAAUGAGAUUGUGGCCAUCAAAAUUCUAAAGAACCAUCCAUCGUAUGCGCGCCAAGGGCAGAUUGAGGUCUCCAUCCUGUCUCGACUCAGUCAGGAAAACGCGGAUGAGUUCAACUUUGUGCGCGCUUACGAGUGCUUCCAGCACAAAUCCCACACGUGUUUGGUCUUCGAGAUGUUAGAACAGAAUCUGUAUGAUUUUCUGAAACAGAACAAAUUUUCACCCCUACCGCUCAAAUACAUCCGACCUAUCCUUCAACAAGUCCUCACCGCUCUUUUGAAACUGAAGCAAUUGGGGUUGAUUCACGCGGAUCUUAAGCCAGAAAACAUCAUGCUGGUAGAUCCAGUACGUCAACCUUAUCGUGUCAAAGUUAUUGAUUUCGGGUCAGCCUCCCACGUGUCCAAAGCUGUCUGCAACACGUAUUUGCAAUCGCGAUACUACCGUGCGCCUGAAAUUAUACUUGGACUUCCAUAUUGUGAAGCGAUAGAUAUGUGGUCGCUCGGCUGUGUGGUUGCAGAACUGUUUUUAGGAUGGCCUCUGUAUCCUGGUAGUUCAGAAUACGAUCAGAUUCGAUAUAUAAGUCAGACUCAAGGCCUACCAACGGAGCACAUGUUAAAUAAUGCCAGUAAAACAACCAAAUUCUUUUACAGAGACAUGGACAGUACAUAUCCAUUUUGGCGAUUGAAAACACCUGAAGAGCACGAGGCUGAAACGGGCAUUAAAUCUAAGGAGGCAAGGAAGUAUAUUUUUAACUGUUUGGACGAUAUUGGUCAAGUGAAUGUUCCGACGGAUUUUGAGGGUGGUCAACUUUUGGCUGAGAAAGCGGAUAGAAGAGAGUUCAUUGACCUCUUGAAGAGGAUGCUCACAAUGGACCAGGUAGAGCGCCGCAUAACACCCGGGGAGGCUCUGAACCAUGCCUUUGUUACGCUGGCCCAUUUAGUCGAUUAUGCACACUGUAACAAUGUUAAGGCUUCCGUCCAAAUGAUGGAGGUUUGUCGACGGGCAGGUGAUUUCACUGCAAGCCCAGCGCAUCACCAAGCUCCUCCAGCGCCUCAGCCACCUCCACCAACAUCGUUGGUAGCUAACUUUGUGCCGACGACGAAUGGCAGUGCCGUAACUUUCACCUUUAACAACCAAUUGACCAAUCAAGUACAGCGUUUGGUCAGGGAACAUCGCACUGCACAAACAGGAUAUGACAAUCUGUAUCAAAUAUACAGUAACAGUAGUCGUCGCGCGACUCAGUACAGUAGUUCGUCUAGCGGAUCGAAUAGUGGACGAAGCGGAGUGCACGACUUUCCGCAUCAGUUGGUGCCUGGUCUGCUUUGUCAUCCACCCAGUUAUCAAACGAUGCCAAGUCCUGCAAAACACGUAGUCGUUGCUCAACCACCGCAAGCACAACAAGGUCCGCUACAGAUCCAACCAUCGAUUAUAUCGCAGCAAGCUGUUGCUGCGGCAGCUGCAGCUGCUCAGCAACAGUACGCGGCGGUACCGGUAUCAAUGGUGGAAACUGGACGUCAAAUGUUAUUAACGAACGCUGUACAAACGUCUUGGCCUGGUGGAAGUCGUCAAAUGGCUGCCAUCGUACCAUCCUGGCAGCAGUUGCCACCGCAACACGCAGCCAUACAGCAGCCAUUGUUGAGCGACGCUGGAGAUUGGGGGAGACCUCUUAUCGUGGACAGUUCUGCUAUUCUGCAGGAUCAGCGGCCAGUAUUCCCUGUCACGGAAGUCUACAAUACUAGUGCCCUCGUUGAACAUCCUUCACAAAGUUGGGGCAAGCGAAGCGUGACGAAACACCAUCAGCAUCAUGUGACGGUACCACAACAGUCUCAGCACAGGCACGAGCAUAAAAAGGAGACCCAGCAAUUGAGUCCUGUGAAGAAGAGGGUAAAGGAAAGUACACCGCCUAGCAACAUGAGACGGCAUUCGCCUACGAGUGGUCACUGGCAACAACCGCCUAUGCAACAGCAUCAUCACAGCAGCAAACACAGCAGCAGUCAUAACGUAGAACAUCAUCAAGUUACAUCCGGUAGACAGCAAACCAUCACGAUCCACGAUACUCCAUCGCCAGCCGUUUCUGUUAUCACGAUUAGCGAUAGCGAAGACGAAAUACCGGGCAAAUGCUGUGAAGAUCGCCAAUGCGGAGCCUGUCAAAAUUUGGCAACUCGCCUGUCUGGCGAUGGACGUCCAGUCCGCGAGGAAGUCAUUCGAAGUACGCAGUCAACGCCACGCGUCGUUCAACCGAUCCAACAAACCCAUUCGACCACUCAGCCUCAUACCAACGGGCACGUUACGACGCAUAGCACGUCCCAGAGGACACAACGGAAAAACAUCAUCAGUUGUGUAACCGUGGGUGACAGCGAUGGCGAAGCUAGUCCAGGCCGAGCGCAUACUCAUUUGUACCAACAUUUGCCGCAACAUCCUCAGCAUCAACAAACCACGCAGUUAAUUAAACAUGAGCCCCAACAACAGCACCACGUCAGCAGUAGCAGCUCCGGAUAUUCUUCACAGUCACAAAAGAAGCGGCUAUUGGCAAAAGUACAAUCCGAGUGCAAUAUGGUAAAUGUUGCGACAAAACCAGAGCCCGGCGUCGAGUACCUCGCUCCACAUCCGUGUCACGCGCCAGCCUGCAAAGAGCCACCGACCUAUCAGGAUGAUGCCUAUGACAUGCAUGACUACUUCUUGCAGUAUGUGACCACGAGUAGCGCGCAUCCCCACCUUCAAGAGCAGCACAUCGUGUACACGACCGGCACGGACAAGCGGGUAUCGUGGCCUGGAAAAAGAGCCGAGUACAAACACGAAUACGUUCAACCACCUGCUGCUCAUUCGAGAGACCAUCAGAAAUGGGCGGUAGCGAAUACUGUGCAUCAGUAUAGGCAGAGCCAAGUGGUGGGUACGGCAGCCCAUCCGGGUCAUACCCACAGUCAUCAUGGGCAUCCGGCCCACUUGAGUCCUGGGGGCGGUGGCGGGGGCAGAAGUCCUGCAGGGGGGCCUGUAAUAGGAAGUGCCCAGCACCUGGGACAACCCCUGUACCAGGAGUACGCCCAUGUGCGUUCAAGAGCCCAUGCCGUGCCACCCCCGGUGUACGUAACAGCCGCUCCUUCUCAGGCUCCCACUGCUAUCCAGCAGCAACAAGUGCCCACCUAUCAGGGAUUCACACCCGGGUGGGUACCUAGACACCUAGUUGAUGCAUGCAUAGCUUUACGGAGACUUUCUAACGUUCAUCAUCCCGUUUUUUACAGCUCGUCUCCAUUAACGUUGUAUGAUUCUAGUCGAGCGUUGCCACCACCAGCUCAUCACAGCUCGGCCAGGCCGUUGCUGGCAAGUCAUGCAGCGCAUCCACUGCCUGCACAUAUGCAGCCAACAGCCGUAUACGGAUUGGCCCCUCUUUCGCCGGCCAAACAUCAAUAUCAACCUUCUGGUUUGUGGUUCACCGAGUAAACAAAAGAAAAAUAAAUUAUUCCCCUGUCUGUCUGGUUUUUCAGAAGAAGCUCAAAGCGCCGUGUAACGAAGCCGCUAUAGAUCCGCUUCGACGCAAUUUAUUUCUCUGUUUUUCCCGUUGCGCGUGCUGACUUAAACGCGAGAAAACGAUCGAACGAAAGGGAAAGGAGAGGGAAACAGGGAAUUCAAGGAUGGUUCAGUUACGUUCUUUUAUCCGUGAACGAAGGGGACGAUUCCGCGACGCUGUUUUAUUAUCAACUAUGGGAAAAAUAAGAAACGCAGUGAAAACGCUGAUCGCCUACUACAAAAUUGCUACGACUGAAAAAGAGGCUCGAUCCGUGUAUGUGUGCGUGUGUAUGUGAUCGAGUUCUUGAAACAAGAUGAAGAGUCGUUUAUGUCGACUUGAACUUCUUCGACAAUCCGUCCUUAAGCUGCGCGAUUGUCCCCUUCGAACUGCCCGCACGCAGAGAAUCAUUGUUUCAUUUGAAUGGGAGAAAAAGCGAACAGAAACAUAUAUAGGUUGGAUGAUUAGUACGUAGAUUCGAUGGCGAAAACGAAACCAGUUCUCUUUGUUUCCGUUUCGUUCGAUCACGCGAGCCGGAAACGAGAGCGCAAAAUCGAAAGAUAAAAGGAGAACGACGCGGAGAAAGUUUGACCGUGUUUCUUUCGUCGUCCCUCCUUUGUACGAGAACAACCAAUUGCUUCGAUGAAUUUGUAAUUUGUAUUAUUUGUUUGUCCAAAUGUUGUUUGGUGAUAUACACGGUCGAUGUAAACGAUUUUAUUCGACUUAGACGGCGCAUAUUAUGUCGAUAAUAAUAGGUGACGACGAUAUUAUGCAUUAUUAUAUAUAUAAUAAUAUACGCUCGACGUUUUGUGCAUAAGCUUUUGGAAGAGAGAAUAAUAUCGCGCCAAGAAAUUUUUACGAACACACACACACAUACAGAGACGCGUGUAGAAAAAAGUAUCAUGCGAUGUCGUCGUGACAACGCGACGAUUUAAGCUGAUGAAACAAACAAAUGGUCGAUGUGUGUCGAUGAUUCGACAAAACUGUUCUGUACUUCGGUGUGCAACAGUUGUAUCGAUGAAUUUCAAUUUUUUCUUUCGAGCUUUUACGUAACGGGAAUAAGUUUGCAUUUCUUUUUUUGUAAAUGAUACGUCUCCGAACGCGUAUCAUGCACACACGUUCUUGAAUGCUCGUUAACAAACUUAUCCUCAACUCGGUAGAAUUCAUGAUAAUUUUUUUUUGUUGCUCGUUGAAUUUCGACCGACUGGAUUUUUGUUCACGAGCGUGUACUGAUAUGCUUUUUGACAGAUAUCAAGAGCGUUCUCUUCUGUGAAGUGGACCAUCGUCGAUGGUGAUUCCCGUUUCGUAUACACAUAUACACGUAUUACAUAGAAACACACAUACAGACAGUUUUGAAAUUUACCAUUGAUGAAUUUUUAAAAUGUGUUCGAAGUUUUAUCGAUGAUAGGGAGGGUUCGUGUUGUCUUAAGCAUGGGUGAUGUAUUCGAGCACCCAUCUUUUUUGGAGUUUGAGAUUUCGAUGUCCAUUUCGAUUGGAACGUGUGUAAUUCUCGUUAUUGACAAAAGCUGUGCCUACUCGCAGCAGCCUCAACACUAUUUAUUUUUAUUAAGUGAUUCUUAUUGUCGUCAUCGUAAUUACUAUUAAUUAUUAUAAUUACUAUUACUACUACUACUACUACUACUACUAUUAUUAUUAUUAUUGCAAUUAGGCAUCACUGAUUUUAAGAUAAUUUUAUUAGACAGUUCGCAGAUUUUUUCGUAGGUACCACGUUCUCUGAUUAGAAUUCGUUUCAAGUAGGAUUUCAUCUUUUCAUUUAAUUCGUUUCAGUGUUUUGCAUUUCAUCGAGAGUUGUAGAGUUCAAGAAUGUACUUUGUUCACGUACAUUGCACAAAUCUCUGGUUUAUAUAAUUAGCAUGAUCAACAAGGAGGGUGUGAGAAAUUCGUUCGGUGUCUGGUGAGAUUAUAAAAAAGAGAAAACGAAGCCUUCAUUGCAAAUGUUACGAUGUCGAAUGGCACACACAUACACACAGUACUUUCAUAUAUAUUCUGGUGCGAAGUUCUUUUUUUCUAGCAAUUUCCUCUGCGUUUACAUUCGUGGAAUCAUGUUCUUCCUUCGCGCACUUUGUCCACGUCAGUGUAAAAAGAGAGCAGUUUCCAUUGUCUCGUAAUUCUUCAUACCGCAUUCGAUGUAGAUGUGCAUGAACGUCGAUUUUGUACAUAAUCAUCCGGAGAUAUCUAUCUUCCUAUUAUCUUUUUUCGAUGUUCGACAACUCCGAGGGGUGGAUCGCACGCGCCAUUCUUCGACUCGCAACACUUUCGAAAAUAAAACUAAAAAAAUAUGAAAGGUUUCUCUCCCGCGUGCUGACGUGUGUAUCUCGUGGAUUUUUUAAAUGGAAUGACGCUUAGGCAUUGUUUUGCUAAUUAUUUUAUAUACAUAGCUGUAUGAUAAACGUACGGGAUAUCAGCCGUGGUAUGUUGAUUAGAGUGAUCCAUGUCCAGAGUUUAAUUAGGAGUAUUUUACACGUAGAACGAGCAAGUGUGAUUGAGCAAGUGAGACGAAUGCAUGCGCGGUGUGUGAUGAAUGGUACAAGUGAAUUUUUAGGUACGUUACUAUAAUCACAAAGAAAAAUCUUUUUAAUAGAUACGACGGUGCUGCCAAUUCAAUAAUUUCAAUUGAUAUUAAAUUUCAACGGGGGCACUUUUAACACCUUGCUCGCUGUUACUUUAUGUAAAUUAUUUUACCGUCAGAUUAAUCUGGAAAUCAAUUUAGAAAUUUUCAAGUUUAUACCUUUGAAAUGCGGGAUUUGUUAUAUUUGUUCUUAGUCUACUGCACCUUAGUGUUCACUUCGGUUCGUUUCGACACAGUUCGGCUCGAGUCGGCCCCUCCCACUUUUGAAGCUACCUUUGCACGCAGGUGUACACUAUGGCAGGUGUACAGCGCGAACUCAUACGCCUACAGACGCUAGUUUCAUCUAUGUUAAAUAAAAUGAGCUGGUAAGGUGUUAAAAAAUGGAACUAUACUUUCUCAAAACCAAAAGGCUCCUUUCUUUUAACCGUACCAAAUUGCUGUGCAGCCCGUCAGAACGAUUGGCCUCGGUAAUUUUUAUUUGCACGAUACAAAAGGAAAAAUUGUGUAACCAAGUCGAUGUGCCUGUUUAACGAUUAAUCAUAUUACACUGAAGAUUUGUAUUUACUGCAAAGGAGAAAAUAGGACCGCCUCUUUGAUACACGUAUUUAACUGAGAUCGCAGUAAAACAAAAUGAAAUUACAAUCAACGUAAGUGUUGCGUGUUAAUAUCAACAAAACACGUUUACGAAUACGAUAUAUAUAUUAUUAAUUAACACAAGCACGUUUGCGCGCCUAUACAUGUACAUAUAUUAUACGUAUGCUUCCAUGUAAGCCAUGUAGAAAUUUAAUCGCGUAGAGGAAAAACAUUACCCUACCAUCUUUUCUCCGUAAGUCGUGAGAUAAAAAGAAGUCAUAUCCUUAGAUUUCGCGUUCCAUUUAAAAGGAACAAAACUGUUGAUGCGCGUGUAAUGUAUUAUAAAACAUUAGUUCUCUUUUUUUUUUUCUUCUUCGAACUCGUACAUGAUGCACAAAGCAACACACGUAUAGAUUGUAUGUAUACACGUGACGAUCAUACGCAUAUUAUAGUCAUAUCAUGCUUCAUUUUCGCAUCUGUAUCGUUCGUUUGCGUGGAUAGACGGGAGAAAAGAAAAGCUUUCAGUCAGGUUCGUCGGGUUUCUCAUCCAAAGAGCUGGUUUUGACUGACGAUAUUGUAACAUUUAUUAACCUUGUUUUUUAUUUCUUUGUAACGUUAGCGCAUUAAGACUGUAAUUGUCGAACCGUGUCCGGAUUAACUGCUGAUAUAUAUAUAUAUGUAUGUAUGUGUAUGUAUAUUACCGUAGAUGUAUAUUGUUAUUUUAAUUAGUUUCACGUUGUUAUCGAUGUACGAGUAAAAAGAAAAAACACAAAGUA